CAAUCAGCGCGCGCUCAAUUCAACCCGGGAGUUCACGAGGGGUUGUGUUUAGCAUAGCGGCUAAAGUGGAAAUUAUCCUAUUACAGCCGCUUUAAGGAUUCACAUUCUGGGAGGUGGAGCAGGAGCUGCACAUGGAUACUGAGGGCUUCGGGGAACUCCUGCAGCAGGCAGAACAGCUUGCGGCAGAGACUGAGGCCGUGUCCGAGCUGCCCCAUGUUGAGCGAAACCUACAGGAGAUCCAGCAGGCAGGAGAGCGUCUACGUUCCCGUACUCUCACCAGAACCUCUCAAGACACAGCUGACGUAAAAGCCUCCAUCCUCUUGGGUUCUCGGGGUCUUGACAUCUUCCAUAUCUCCCAGCGUCUUGAGAGUCUCAGUGCUGCCACUACAUUUGAGCCUCUUGAGCCAGUCAAGGACACUGAUAUUCAGGGCUUUCUGAAGAACGAGAGAGACAAUGCACUGCUGUCAGCCAUCGAGGAAUCACGCCGCAGGACAUUUCUGCUGGCGGAGGAGUACCACAGAGACUCUAUGUUGGUGCAGUGGGAGCAGGUGAAGCAGAGAGUGUUGCACACCCUGCUGGGAGCUGGAGAGGAUGCACUGGACUUCAGCCAGGAAGUGGAGCCCAGUUUUGUGAGUGAGGUCGGAAUACCAGGACGCAGUGCACUGGACAGUGUAGAAGUUGCCUACAGCCGGCAGAUCUAUAUCUUCAAUGAGAAGAUAGUAAAUGGACAUCUUCAACCCAACCUGGGAGAUCUCUGUGCCUCAGUAGCCGAAAGCCUGGAUGAUAAGAACGUGUCAGACAUGUGGCUCAUGGUGAAGCAGAUGACAGACGUUCUGUUGGUGCCAGCAAAGGACACGCUGAAGUGCAGAGUGUCUGUGGACAUGCAGAUGGCCUUCGUCAGACAAGCCCUGCAGUUUCUGGAGAACAGCUAUAAAAAUUACACGAUGGUCACUGUAUUUGGGAAUCUGCACCAGGCUCAGCUGGGUGGAGUACCUGGCACUUAUCAGCUUGUAUGCAGCUUCCUAAACAUCAAGCUGCCGACUCCACUGCCAGGCAUGCAGGACGGCGAGGUGGAGGGACAUCCAGUGUGGGCUCUGAUCUAUUUCUGCCUGCGUUGCGGAGACUUGUCUGCCGCCAUGCAGGUGGUGAACAGGGCACAGCAUCAGCUGGGCGACUUUAAGAUUUGGUUUCAGGAAUACAUGAACAGCCCCGACCGACGUUUGUCUCCUGUCACAGAGAAUAAACUACGACUUCAUUACCGACGCGUGCUGAGGAAUAGCGCUGACCCCUACAAGCGUGCAGUUUACUGCCUCAUCGGCAAAUGCGACAUCGGCGACAAUCAUGGAGAGGUGGCCGAUAAAACAGAAGACUACCUGUGGCUCAAGCUGAAUCAAGUAUGUUUUGAUGAGGAUGGCAGCAGUUCCCCUCAGGACAGAAUGACUCUAGCCCAACUUCAGAAACAGCUACUGGAGGACUAUGGUGAGUCCCAUUUCUCAGCCAGCCACCAGCCAUUCCUGUACUUCCAGGUGCUUUUCCUGACUGCACAGUUUGAGGCGGCCAUAGCGUUCCUUUUCCGAGUGGAGCGUCUGCGCAGCCAUGCUGUUCACGUAGCUCUGGUGCUGUAUGAACUCAAACUGCUGCUCAAAUCAUCGGGCCAGAGCGCUCAGCUAUUGAGUCAAGAGGCUGGAGAUCCACCAAUGGUGCGACGGCUCAACUUCAUUAGGCUGCUUAUGCUCUACACCCGCAAGUUUGAGUCCACAGACCCACGAGAAGCUCUGCAGUACUUCUACUUUCUCCGGAAUGAGAAGGACAGUCAAGGAGAAAACAUGUUCAUGCGCUGUGUCAGCGAGCUAGUCAUCGAGAGUCGGGAGUUUGAUAUGCUUCUUGGAAGACUUGAAAAAGAUGGAAGCAGAAAGCCCGGCGUGAUCGACAAGUUUGCCGGAGACACGCGGGCCAUCAUUACCAAGGUGGCCUCGGAGGCAGAGAACAAGGGCUUGUUUGAGGAGGCCGUCAAACUGUACGAGUUAGCCAAGAAUGCUGAUAAGGUUCUGGAGCUGAUGAACAAAUUGUUGAGUCCUGUUAUCGCUCAAGUCAGCGAGCCCCAGUCUAACAAAGAGCGACUCAAAAACAUGGCGGUGGCUAUUGCUGAACGGUACCGUACUAAUGGUAUAGCUGGGGAGAAGUCUGUGGACAGCACCUUCUACUUGCUCCUGGACCUCAUGACGUUUUUUGAUGAGUACCACGCCGGACACAUAGACCGAGCCUACGAUGUGAUUGAGAGGCUAAAGCUGGUUCCUUUAAGUCAGGACAGUGUGGAGGAGCGGGUUGCAGCAUUCAGAAACUUCAGUGACGAGAUAAGGCACAAUUUAUCAGAGGUUCUGCUGGCCACAAUGAAUAUCCUGUUUACACAGUACAAGCGUCUAAAGGGGGCUGCAGCAGGUACGCCAGGAAGACCUCAGCGUACCCUAGAGGACAGAGACAUGCUGCUGCGCAGUCAAGCCCGGGCUCUGAUCACGUUUGCGGGAAUGAUUCCGUAUCGCAUGGCUGGAGAUACCAAUGCCAGACUGGUUCAGAUGGAGGUCCUAAUGAACUGAAACUCCCCCUUCUCCCUUCUCCAGCAGCUCAUUUUCAUUGUCCCCAUUCCAUCAUUACUUUUGUCAACUUAUAUUUGUAUUUUUUCCCAUUAUUUGAAAUAAUAAAAAAAAUGAAAUUCAGUUCAAUUUUGUUUCAUUUUCUUUUCUUAUGUCAUAAACCUUUUUUCAUUUUGAUGUGACAUUUUGUCUUGCAUUUUCUGUUUAUUUGAUUUCAGUUGCAUACGUUUCAUUUUAAAAGCUAUAGUCUCUUUUAGAAGCUGUAUGAAAUUAAUCAAAUGCACUAUUGCCUGCUAUUCUUAUUUCGUAUAAUUAAAUAUCAAUCCAAUAUGAAAUCCGGUGCAAAAAAUCAACUUGUACAUCUCAUGACAAUAGUAUCCUUUAUUAUGUUGUUAACAGUAAGAUUAACCACUUUGGUGGCAGCCAUCAUGUUGCUGUAUAUAAAGGGUUCUCUUACUCUCCGGGGCCACAAAAAGCACAGAAGUGAGAUCUUUAUUUAGUGACUAUAUUUUACUAGUUAUGAGUUUUUCUGAAAUAUUUUAUUGUCUACACGUUGCUGAUGGACUUUGUGUAGUGCAAAACAAAAACUACUGAUUUGUGAGCAACUGUUUCUUUUAAUAGAAGAACUUUACAAUUGGUCCCCGUUAAUGCAUUAACUAACAAUGAGCAAUACAUUUGUUACAGCAUUUAUUCAUACAUUAAAAAUACAACUCUUCGUUAUUAGUUCAGGUCCAUUAAAUAACAUUAAAAUACAACUUUUGAUUUUAAUAUUGAAAACAACAACAAAAGUUUUGCAAGUAUUUUUUUUGUUCAUCUUCAGUAUAUGUUAACUUAAUGUAAUUAUCUAAAGCCUUUUAACAUAAAUUACAAGAUCAGUUCAUUCACAAAUCAAUCCGUAUCACAAAGCUUCAAAACGUGGGACGCCUUUAUUAUAUUUUAUUUCUCUGUUUUGGUUGGCUCAUACUUUAUUCAUUAAAAUGCAUAUUGUGUAACACAAACCUACUGUACAAACAAGUGGCCGGACAGGGAGUGUUUAGAGCCCUUUCUGAGAGCAGGAAUGUGUGUGACAUUGAUUCUCUCAGCAGAUGGUGGGUUAUGGAGGAAAUGCCCGUAGAGCACACAGAUGGACGUGUUGGCUUUGUCACGGCCGGCUGCAGUGUCUGCUCCAGCUCCCUCUAAGCUCUGCUUUGCAUUUUUAACCGUUAGCAUCUGGAGCUGCUGCAUUUAUUAGAGUGCACUGUCCUAAAUUCAAGGUACUGGAUGCACAACAAUCAGGUUUCAGGGUUUCAACUUUAUUUCACCCUUUCAUCAAAAGCUCUCAACAAAAGACAAAUCUGGUCCUCACAGAAUUUUUUUUUUUUUAUUGCAAGUCGUCCAGCAUCAGUACACCACUAAGUCAAAUAGGAACUCUGUUAGGUUUGGACCCUGGAGAAGAAGAUCAGGAGGAGAAAGAUUCGUCUUCACACCUCCUGGACUGGUGUGUGAGGUGUGUGUGCUGCAGCUGGUGUUGUGAAUCAGGCCGAUGUCACACGUCCGCGAUAACCCGGCUAUUUCACAACACCAGGGUGGCACCACACCGCUGCCAACAAAGGAGCUCUUUCUAAACAAGUCAUCCAUCACCUUUACAGAACUUAACAGAAUGUACAGUAAUGUAUUAUCCUCAUUAAAAAAUACAGUGGUUCUUUGAAAUAAAACUUUUUUUUACUAAAA